AUGGUGGUGGAAAUCCUCCCCGACUCGGCACGACAACUAGGCCUAGACGAAGGGACGCAGGCGUUCCUCAAGCUUUUUGACCGAAGAUUUGCACACUCGCUUCGCAAGUGUGAAAGGGUCGAUCCAUGGUCCGCCGACAUUGAGGAAGAAUUUCUGCACAAGCUCAAGUCAGGAGAUCUCCAGGAUUUUCUUGGCAGGCUUCAGGCCGAGGAAGACUCCGAAGACUCUGAAGAAGAUGACGAUGAGGACAACUGGGAUGCAGCUGAGAACGAGGCUUUCCUUGCCGAUAUGAUGCUCAACUACUUUCGGGCCGAAGUUUCAACAUAUUCCGCUCUGCGAAAGCACCAGGGAGACUUGAUUCCGCGCCUUUUUACCCAAGUCACUCUCCAAGUGGUCCAACCCAACACCUCUCUCGACGAGCAGCAGCAGGAUAUAUGUCUGGUGAAGGGCAUUUUGCUCGAAUAUCUGGAAGGCUUCGCCCUAUCUUCCCUCAAAGAAUCCGCUCCACGUUCCUCAUGGCAGAACAUUGUUGAUGAAGCAAUUCGAAUAGCCCAUGUUCUGGGAGACAACAAUAUUCUCAACACCGACGCUCGACCCGACAACAUGAUGGCUGUGCCUCGAGGAAACGGGGAGUACCGAGUCUGCAUGAUCGAUUUUGGCCAUUGCAGAAUGCGCCGAGAGGGCGAGCCUGACCAAGACUGGGGGCGGGCAAAGUGGUUUCAAGACGAAGAGGGUGCCAUUGGGGUGGUUAUGAGGGGGAGUCUAGCCAAGGUUGGAUUUCAGCUUCACUAUGAGGAUUCAGGGAGAUAUUUAGAAUGGGCACAUGAUGAGGAUGACUAG